ACAAGAAGUAAAGCCACUAUUUGGCCCCCACUCUCCCCCUCUCCAACGUUGUCAGCCUCAGGUGAGGGUGUAGAAUAGCUCCAACUACUACAGUACCAAAUCCCCAAACACUCUCCCACAACCAUAAUCACCUCUCUCUCUCUCUCUCUCUUUCUCUCUCUCUCAUCAUGGAAGAAGUAUGGAACGACAUCAAUCUCACCUCCCUCCACGACCACGACCACCCCCACCGCCACCGCCAUCGCCGCUCCGCAGCAGACAACCCCACCACCUUGAGGGGCCACAAUUUCCUCGACUUCCUCUCCGCCAAAAACCCACCACCACCACCUCAACAACAACAACAACCACCACCCCUCCACGGCGGCUACGGAUCUCCGCCGUCCCCUCCGGCCGCCGUGGCUCUGAGGCUGAAUUCGGGCCCAGAUGAUCACCACCAGUUCAGCUCCAUCUUGGAGGGCCCACUGCUGGGGCCCAUUUCGAGUGCGUCCUGUUUGGACGUUUCGUUUGAGGGUUUGGCUUCGGCUUCGAGUUUGCCGUGUUUGGAGAGGAAACGGUGCCCGGAGUCCGAUCAGAAUCCCGGCGAACGGCGGCACAAGCGCAUGAUCAAGAACCGCGAGUCCGCCGCUCGAUCGAGGGCUAGAAAACAGGCUUACACAAAUGAGCUGGAGCUAGAAGUCGCCAAUUUAAUGGAAGAGAAUACCAGGCUAAAAAGACAGCAGCAACAGUUAUGUUUAGCUGCAGCUGCUCAGGUUCCCAAAAGGAAAACUCUCUACCGAAGUUCAACAGCUCCAUUCUGAGAAUGCCUUUCCAUCUAUGGAUAUGAAGAGAGAGAAAGAGGAGAGAGGGGGAGAAAUUUAUGGGUUGUAGUCUUUUACUAUUACAAGAAUGUGGCUUUAGGAAAAUACGAGGAGACAUUGGUGAAAAGGGGUAUGGCGUUUUGCUUGCAUUCCAAAGUGGGAAGGGAAUAUUUUUUGGCCGGGGUCUUGGGGACCUUAUGUUUCCUUUUCCUCUUUUGUCAUGUUAAUAUUAUAAUAUAUAUACUAGUAGUAUCAAGUAUGAAUCUUGGGAGAAGGUUAACUACUCUUUGCCCCUUGAAGUAUUAUCAUAGUGUUCUCAUUUUGACCCGCAAACCGUCAAUUUUCUUGCAAUAGCUCUUCAACUCUUGGAUUGUUAGCAAACCAGCCCUUUCGUCUGUCGAAUGGCUUUAUUUACUUGGCACAUUUUUAGUAAAUUUUCUCACUUAUUGCUCUCA